AUGGCGCCCGGAAUCCUGAAGGCCUUUAUGGGCAAUACGUCCUCUGCACCGUCAGCAAGAGAGCAGCACCGCCUGUCAAAACCAAAGACAAACACGAACGCCUCGUUCUCCUCGCCGAAGCUGGACACCUGCGAUUCUCCUACCUCUCCAACAAAAGGUUCCGAUGUUACUGAAGAGGAAGUGGUGGUGCGGACUUCUUCCGGAGAAUACAGGAGCCGGCAAGAUGCGCGACAGCACAUCCGCUCGCAACUCUUCGGCAGUAGCGACAGCAUAACAACGCUACAUAGCGGCGAGUCCAACGACAGCCUUCGGGACUUGGCUUCGCACGUCAAGGACCGGCUUCAGAGCCUCUCAAGGUCUGGUUCCAUAGUAUCACAGCUACCAAGCGCCCAGACCUCGUCAACGAAGCUCAAUGGCGCAUAUGGAGAUUCUCGACUGUCACUCGUUCCAGAGACUCAGUCUAUAGACAUCGAAACGGCCAUUACGAUCUUGCAGGAGUUGCGGAAGACAGCUUCACCGGAGGAUCUGGUCGCGUUACGUAAGAUCUACCCCCGCUGCCUAGGUAUCAAGGACUGGUAUUUACAUGCUUCUUCUGCAGACAAGGCGCUGUUGCCAACUAGGAAGGCAGAACCAUCGCCAACUAGGGUCUCCGCUUUACCAAAGGGACCUUCGACGGACUGCGUCAGCUCUCUGAUUCGUCGGCGUUCUCUUGCGGCGCCAGGUCUGGCCACCAGGACGCAAGAUCUGCUUCGCAAACCGGAAAGGCCUGUAGAGCCUGAAAUCCAGCAUGUCAACAGCCAUGUCUGGCAGGCGAACAUGUUCGAAUCGUCUCCUCUGGCUUCCCUAGCCAAAUUGAACCUCAGAGAUGAAGAGGGGCGCGGCACCAUGCCAAGACCUGAGACGCCUGCCGACAUGGAUUACACUCAUCUCGGAGGCUUCAAGCUAGGAAGUCUCAAGAUCACCAACGGCAUGGCCUCGCCAGCACCUAGUAUGACGGCUUCGAAGAAUGUGUCCCGCCGACAGUCUACUCCGGACCUGCAGCAGCGCGAAGAUGACUAUUUUACUGCCUCCGAGGACUGCGCAAGUCCAGAACGUAUUACGCCGGACAACACAUGGCAGACAGAGCUAGCCAGUCAAACAUCGAUGCUGCCCAGAGCCCCCAUGAGCCGUAAGGUCCGUAAUAGACAGGAUGCGCUUAAGUCAAAAGCAAGCGGCAGCCCUUUGCGGAUCGAAAGACGGCGGGAUAAUUCCGAUGGCACUAUUAGGAAUGACAGGUCGCUCAGUUCGGACUCCGUUGUGCGACACACCGGGCACUGCUCAGCACUCGAUCUUGCAGAGAAUUACAUGGCGGAGCUCCCUGCGAGCCCUUAUAGCAACCAAACCUCUCUCAGAGAAGACUUAGCGCACGAUCAUGCGUCCGACAUUGACAGCACAACUGCCGCGCUCCGUACAGACGCUCUUUGCAGGUUGAACGGUACUUCUGGGGAAGGGGAUACGGCUCCGCUGUGGCAAGAUUCAGACUUUAAGCUUCCCCCUUUGACAGACUUUACUCACAACAGUACGCUGAAGAUCGAACGGCCUGCACACGUGAAGGCGGAUUCUGGGUACUCCUCCGGCAACAAUCUCACUACCCUCCAGACAAAGUGGAAUGCUGAGGAUGAUGCCAGUAUCUAUAGCAAAAGGGCUUCCCAUUACGAUGUCUUACAAACCACAGGAUCUGAUGAUACCAGGAGUAUCCACACACCUCAGCAGGCCCCAUCGUCAAGCGCAUCAUCUCACAGAUCAGUCGAGGCUUCGCGCUCUAUUACAGGGGAGCCCGCCAAUCCCCACGAGGAGGAGAAGGCUCGACCGUCAAAAACUCGACGGAAAUCUAUUAUUCGAUCGAUCUCGUUGGGCAGAGUCAAACACCGAAGCCUCCCUGCAACGCCUACCUCUUCUGAUCUGCCGCCAGUGCCAUCUAGCCAAAGCAGCGAACAGUCACCCCGGAAAUGCAAGAAGCUCCAGAAGCAGAGACCCAACGCUCAAGUCUCUCCAGUCGUGCAGGGCCAGCGGCCGAUUCGAGCUGGAAGCAUACCAUAUGUCCCAGAUGAUGUUGUAGCGAAAUUUUGCAAACGCAUCAAGUCGUCGCCAGACAUGGAGCACCUGAAGCGCACUUACGCGUCUGUGAAGGCAGGGUCUAAUGAAAGCUUCGAGGAACCUAUACCAGCAUCUGUCCCUAUUGUUUUUCCUGGAGACAGCGUGAGGAACUCGCUGGCAUUGGACGUUGAUGAUGAGAAGCUGCUGCCGCCACCUCCUCCACAUCGGCAAGCCCCUCCUCCGCCAUCUCACUGCAGAAGUGACUCGCGUAGUCGUAGCAACUAUAGUGGUCACAAAUCUGAGGACUACGCGUUCCUAGGUGUUUCAGAUUUCGGCACCGUAGCACAGUCCCUAGGCGGAUCACCUUACGAUAUCGCCAUGGGGACUCUUAAAGGGCCGUCUCCUGCCAGACCCACGCAGCCACAUCACCUCAGCACGAACGUAUCGGCCCAGUCGAGCUCGAAGACCGCCAUGGACUCGGAGACUGCCGCUGCGUAUGCAAGGGCACGGAGUCAUGACCGGGCUGCACCACCAGAGAGAAAUACGAGGAGUACCUCGCGCCCCCGCAGCUUUCAUGAACGCGAUCUUAAGGACGGGGAGCGGUACGUGAAGAACUUCUCGCGCCCUCACAGCAUGCACGACGAUGCGCCACCGGUUCCCGCACUGCCCUCGAGCAGAGGUUCAGCGAAUAGCGCAUCAUCAACGCAAAACGUCGCGGAGCUGCCUGCCUCGCCAGUCAAGGCUAGGGCGGAAUUACCGGCAGGAGAUGUACCGCCAAUCGUGACGCCGGCUCCAGCGCCAGCACCAGCGCCAGCGCCAGCGCCAGCUCCAGCAGCGGAGAGUGAAACGCCGUCCCAGCGCCCGAGCACAGGAAUCGACUGGGAAUCCCACCGCAACCUCUGGCGCCAACGCCGCAAAUCCAUCGGCGAAGGACUGCUUCGCAGGAGCACUGAGCCCACCACCGAUAGCGAUGGAGCCCUAAUAGCCCCGAAAGCGGCCGCUCCAGCCAUUGUAAUAUCACGAUACGUCACGCCCAUCCAGCAUACUUCGUUCAGCACCAGCUCUGCAGCCGGCGGUGCACCACUGAAGCGCUCAGCCUCUCCCUCCAUCGCCGCCCUCGCCGCUCGCUUCGAGCAGCAGCAGCAGCAGCACCCAGACGCCCCCCCGCGAAGCCCCACAAAGUCCGCCAUUGAGCUUCCCGUCCCCACAAGCCGCCACCCGGCCGACUCGGCCCGCUCGUCUCGCUCAUCUCGCUCAUCUCCCUAUGUGCAAUCCACAGCCUCGGCCUCGGCCUCAGCCUCAGCCGAGGACGUCCGCGACAGCCUGACGGACCGGUACAGCGGCGGGCUAGGGUACGGGUACGAGGCCGGCUUCGGGCUGGGCGGCAGUGCCGGCACGAGGCAUCUGAGGAGCGCGGCGAGUCGGAAGAGCUUGGGGUUUGCGCAUCAGUUUGGGGUCGACUUGAGCGACGUGCCGGUUUUUGUCACGAAGGCGGGAUGA